AUGGGCUUCCUGAAACUCAUCGAGAUCGAGAACUUCAAGUCGUACAAGGGCGCCAGAUCUCGGCCCUUCCGCCGCUUCACCGCCAUCAUCGGCCCCAAUGGCUCCGGUAAAUCCAACCUGAUGGACGCCAUCAGUUUCGUGCUGGGGGAGAAGACGAGCAACCUGCGGGUGAAGACGCUGCGGGAUUUGAUCCACGGCGCCCCCGUGGGGAAGCCCGCGGCCAGCCGGGCCUUUGUCAGCAUGGUGUACUCGGAGGAGGGCGCCGAGGACCGCACCUUCGCCCGCGUCAUCGUCGGCAGCUCCUCCGAGUACAAGAUCAACAAUCGGGUGGUGCAGCUGAGCGAGUACAGCGAGGAGCUGGAGAAGCUGGGGAUCCUCAUCAAGGCCAGGAACUUCCUUGUCUUCCAGGGAGCAGUGGAGUCCAUCGCCAUGAAGAACCCCAAGGAGCGCACAGCUCUCUUUGAGGAGAUUUCCCGCUCAGGGGAGCUCGCCCCCGAGUACGACAAGCGCAAGAAGGAGAUGGUGAAGGCCGAGGAGGACACGCAGUUCAAUUAUCACCGCAAGAAAAACAUCGCGGCCGAGCGCAAGGAGGCCAAGCAGGAGAAGGAGGAGGCUGACCGGUACCAGCGGCUCAAGGACGAGGUGGUUCGGGCGCAGGUGCAGCUGCAGCUCUUCAAACUCUUCCACAACGAGGCCGAGAUCGAGAAGCUCAACAAGGAGCUGGGGCUGAAGAACCGCGAGAUCGACAAGGACAAGAAGAGGAUGGACAGGGUGGAGGACGAGCUCAAGGACCGCAAGAAGGAGCUGGGCAAGAUGAUGAGGGAGCAGCAGCAGAUUGAGAAGGAGAUCAAGGAGAAGGACUCAGAGCUGAACCAGAAGCGGCCCCAGUACAUCAAGGCCAAGGAGAACACGUCCCACAAGAUCAAGAAGCUGGAGGCGGCCAGGAAGUCCCUGCAGAACGCCCAGAAGCAGUACAAGAAACGCAAGGCGGACAUGGACGAGCUGGAGAAGGAGAUGCUGAGCGUGGAGAAAUCCAGGCAGGAGUUUGAGGAACGCAUGGAGGAGGAGAGCCAGAGCCAGGGGAGAGACCUGACCCUGGAGGAGAACCAGGUGAAGAAGUACCACCGGCUGAAGGAGGAGGCCAGCAAGCGCGCGGCCACGCUGGCCCAGGAGCUCGAGAAGUUCAACCGCGACCAGAAAGCCGACCAGGACCGGCUGGACCUGGAGGAGAGGAAGAAGGUGGAGACCGAGGCCAAGAUCAAGCAGAAGCUGAGGGAGAUCGAGGAGAACCAGAAACGCAUCGAGAAGCUCGAGGAGUACAUCGCCACCAGCAAGCAGUCCCUGGAGGAGCAGAAGCGCCUGGAGGGGGAGCUGACGGAGGAGGUGGAGCUGGCCAAGCGCCGCAUUGACGAGAUCAACAAGGAGCUGAACCAGGUGAUGGAGCAGCUGGGGGACGCGCGCAUCGACCGCCAGGAGAGCAGCCGGCAGCAGCGCAAGGCCGAGAUCAUGGACAGCAUCAAACGCCUCUACCCCGGCUCCGUGUAUGGCCGCCUGAUUGACCUGUGCCAGCCCACCCAGAAGAAGUACCAGAUUGCAGUGACCAAGGUGCUGGGGAAGAACAUGGACGCCAUCAUCGUGGACUCGGAGAAGACGGGCAGGGACUGCAUCCAGUACAUCAAGGAGCAGCGCGGGGAGCCCGAGACCUUCCUGCCCCUGGACUACCUCGAGGUGAAGCCCACGGACGAGAAGCUGCGGGAGCUGCGCGGGGCCAAGCUGGUGAUCGAUGUCAUCCGUUACGAGCCCCCCCACAUCAAGAAGGCGCUGCAGUUCGCCUGUGGCAACGCCCUGGUCUGCGACAACGUCGAGGACGCGCGCAGGAUCGCCUUCGGAGGCCACCAGAGGCACAAGACGGUGGCCCUGGACGGGACCCUGUUCCAGAAGUCGGGGGUGAUCUCGGGCGGUGCCAGUGACCUCAAGGCCAAGGCGCGGCGCUGGGACGAGAAGGCCGUGGACAAACUCAAGGAGAAGAAGGAGAGGCUGACAGAGGAGCUCAAGGAGCAGAUGAAGGCCAAGCGCAAGGAGGCCGAGCUGCGCCAGGUGCAGUCCCAGGCCCACGGGCUCCAAAUGCGCCUCAAAUAUUCCCAAAGUGACCUGGAACAGACCAAGACCCGGCACCUGGCCCUCAACCUGCAG